AUGAAGUCCACUUCCAACAUGGAGCCGCCGGAGCUGGCCGUGUCGGAGCAAGACCGGGACCUGUUACGUGAGCUAGCGGAGACCCUCGCAGUGCACAACAUUCAGCAGUACAACACGCUGCUCAAAACCAAGGACGGGUUUGCUGACAACCAGUGCUGGAAAGAGCUGCGGCGCAAGGACAGCGUGCGUAUCUAUCGAGAGCGCACCCGUCACAACGGCUUACCGUCCACCCCGUCCCUGCUGCUGCUUGGGACGGUGGAUGGCACGCUGGACGACGUCAUGUACGGCACUGUAGCCACCACGGACGAGGCUAUCCGGAUCAAGUCCACGUGUAUCCAGGACGGGAUCAUUGACAGUAAAGUGCUGCAUGAGCUGGUGCGGCCGACGGUGGAAGACCCGUUCCACCACGUGAGCGUCAAGUGGCGCCUCUACAACAACCAGCGCGACUACGUGUCGCUGGACACCACGGGAAUCGCGUACACAGUCAAGCGCGAGCGCAUUGGGUACAACAUAUCGCACUCGGUGGCAUUUGCGCAGAUCCCCGGCAUGGAGGACACGCACGGCGUCGAGCGCGGCAACAUGUCUGUGUGCUCUCUCUACCUGCAGAAGACCCCCACGAUAGUGGAGUGCUACGUUCGCGGCUUCUUUGACUUCCACACCCAGAACGAGGUGGUAAACACCAUGUCACUCCAGGCCAUUGCGACGCAGUGGGCGUGCUUCACACGGAAACGUCGUUGUGCGCUGCUGAAGAAGUUGGUCUGGCGAAUGCGCAAGCGAUCGAACUGUACGGCGUCGUUGUCCAUUAAUAACGAUCGACUGUCGUUUAUCCAGCAGUCGUCAGCAUCUGUGCGGAACAAGUGUGCCUUGUGCUCGAGGAGAUUUGGCUUCCUGGGCACAAGCUGCAAAACCUGCAAGAGCUGUUUACGCCAAGUGUGUGCACGAUGCAGCUCGAAACAGCUCGUCUGUGUCGUGGCUCCCGACCAGCGCUCGGUGCUCGAGAAGAAGCGAAGCUUUUGCUCUACUUGUCUUACAGAGGCAGCCAACAGCGAUGCGCUGGAAGUGGCACGGGAGGAACUAGCCAGCUCAAAAGUGUACCAUGACAUGUGCGCGGCCAAAGGCAGGGAAAUGGCGCGAUCGUCUAGCGCUAGUUUUGUGCAGAGUGCAGUGUCCCGCCACAGCGGGAUCGAUAGUGAAGGUUGCAUCGGAAGGAAGUCGAUGUUCAUGUAG